CUCCUCUCCCCAUCUUUUUACAUAUUGGCUGUAUCCUCCCUCCUGUUCCUCUCAGUCUGAGUGCUGUAGCCCUGCUGUGUGUUCCUCUCAGCCCUCUGUUGGAGCACCAAAGGGAGGAGGAGCCACCAGGAAACAGGCACUUACACAUACUCACCCAGACACACACUCUGACAUCUCACAGCAUCACUUCUGCACGCUCACUGUAAGCACCAGCCAGCCAACCAGCCAGGCCCGUUUGGAGCAGGGGAACCCAACUGUUUCAUCGCCCAACAUGGAUGUACUGAUGAAGGGGUUCUCCAUGGCCAAGGAGGGGGUGGUGGCCGCCGCAGAGAAGACCAAAGCUGGCAUGGAGGAAGCAGCAGCUAAGACCAAGGAGGGGGUAAUGUAUGUAGGGAGUAAGACAAAGGAGGGAGUGGUAUCAUCAGUAAACACAGUGGCCAACAGGACCGUGGAUCAGGCCAACAUCGUCGGAGAAACAGCGGCUGCGGGAGCCAACGAGGUGGCGCAGGCGGGUGUGGAGGGAGUCGAGAACGUUGCUGCAUCAACCGGGCUGGUCAACCAGGAGGAGCCUGUAUACGAGGGAGAAUAUGGAGGAAUGCAGCAGGGCGGGGAAGGAGGAGAGGGAUACUAGUCAUCUUCAGGCCCUCCCGUGCUCUCCAGCUGCCCCUCGCCUCCCCCUUUGCCUCGCUGUACCAGACUCCAGAUGUUCAACAAUAUUUUUUUGUGACUUUACGGA